AUGGAGGAUUCUGGAAAAUCCAUCAACAACAUUGCAAGUAAAAGCAGUAAUAAGCUAUUGAAUCCAUGGAUGCUUCACUUUCAGAAACUCGCUCUCGAACUCAAAUGCCCUCUCUGCUUGAGCUUGUUCAAGCAACCGGUUUUGCUUCCAUGCAAUCACUUGCUCUGCAGUUCCUGCGUGGCGGAUAGUUCAAUGAUUGGUUCUGAAUGUGCUCUCUGUAACACCAAAUACGCUCAAAUAGAUUUGAGGAAUGUGCCUUUUGUGGAAAACAUGGUGACUAUUUAUAAAAACAUGAAUGCGACCUUUUGUGCUAAUGCAUUUCAGCAACGUUCUUCUGAUGAUAGGAUGGUUUUGGAGCGGUGCCAAACUCUUGACAAUUCAACUUGUAGUAAUAAGAAUACUGACAAGGUCCUGCUGAAUUCAUGUAUGUCAAAUGAGGUUGGGGAUGCUAAUUGCAUUGCAGAGAAAAGUAAUUCAAUGAGAUGUUCUCAGAAAGAAAUUGGGGAUCGUGUUGAACUGGAUUUAAAUCAAGUGACAGAAUCGGCACCAGACAGCCCUCCAUUUUGUGAUACCAAAGGUUCUGAUAACUGCUGUAGUUAUCAAGACAGUGAACAGCCACUCAAUGUUGUGAAAUCUGAAUAUUCAUCAUUAAAAAGUGAAACUAAAGGAAAAAGUGAUUUGAAAGAAAGAAUGGCACAGUUCAGGUCUGAAAGUUCUGCCUCUGAAAAUGAGGGUCUUGUCAGAGGUAUGAAGAAACAAAAAAAUCUCACCAAUGGAGAUGCUAUUAUUCAACAAAGCACCUCAUAUCAUUCUAAGCUUGUCGAUUCCCGCCAUGUCUCAGACCUUAAAUCUGAAAAGGACCCCAGUGUAAUCAUACCUUCAAAUCCACCAAAUGACUUGUGUCCAAGUACAAACAUGUGCUCUUUUUGCCAGUCCUUUAAUAUUUCAGAGGCUACUGGGCCUAUGCUGCAUUAUGAUGAAGGAAUUUUAGUUACAGGAGAUGCUGCAAUGCAACCAAAUGUUGUGCACGUGCAUAAAGUUUGUAUUGACUGGGCUCCACAAGUGUACUUUGUUGGUGAAACUGUUAAGAAUUUGAAAAAAGAAGUGGCCAGGGGAGCAAAGCUUAAAUGCACCCAAUGCAGUCUAAAGGGAGCUGCUCUUGGUUGCUUUGUCAAAUCAUGUAAAAGAACUUAUCAUGUCCCUUGUGCAAUCAACAUCUCUACCUGCCGCUGGGAUCAUGUGGAUUAUCUCUUGCUGUGUCCAUCUCAUUCAAAUGUCAAAUUUCCAAGUGAGAAUUCCAGUCAUAAGAAAAAGUCAACUCAGAAGCAUCCUGUUUCAUCUCAACUGCCAUUUCUACAGCCCAACAGCCUGUUGGGAGGUUUAAAGAAUAGUGGUGAAAAAAUGGUUUUUUGUGGAUCUGCCCUAUCAAAUGAAGAAAAGGUCCUUUUGAUUAAUUUUGCAAGCAAGGUUGGGGCUACAGUGACCAAGUGUUGGACCUUAAAUGUCACCCAUGUGAUUGCAGCAACGGAUGCAAAUGGGGCAUGCUCAAGGACAAUGAAAGUUUUGAGGGCAAUUCUAAAUGGACAAUGGAUCCUUAAAGUAGACUGGAUAAGAGCAUGCAUGGAUGAGACUAUUCUUGUUAAUGAAGAAUGUUAUGAAAUUGAUCUUGAUAAUCAAGGGUGCCGUGGUGGCCCAAAAGCUGGCAGACUUAUGGCACUGGCCAAGGAGCCAAAGAUAUUCUGUGGCUUAAAGUUUUAUUUUUCUGGUGACUACGAUUUGAGUUUUAAGAAAUAUCUUGAAGAUUUAGUUGAGGUGGGAGAAGGUGCUGUUUUGAAAAGCAAAGAUGAAUUGGAAGUUAGAAUAGAUGCAAAAGUGCUGGUUGUUUACAAUAUUGAUCCUCCACAAGGAUGUAAGCUGGGGGAGGAAGUUUCAAUUCUUUGGCAGAGACUAAGUGAAGCAGAGGAUCUAGCUGCCAAUACUGGUUACCAAGUCAUUGGUCACACUUGGAUUUUGGAGUCAAUUGCUGCAUGUAAACUGCAGCCUUUUGUUAGUUAA